GAGUAGCUACUAAAUUCUGAGUUCUAAUGAAGUUUUUUUUUUCUAUAUUAUUGUAUGCCAAGUUGAGUGAAGCUUCACUUAGACCUGUUCUUGUGCUGUAACUUGUAUGUUAGUUGUUAUGCUUGAAGGGUGUAUGUAAAAAUUCCUGAACUAAUCCUGAUCAAUUCUUCUUUUUUUUUUUCUCUUUUUUCUCCCUUCUUUUUUUGUUUAAAAAAGGGAAAUUGCUAGUUUGACAAAGUUCAAAGAUUGAGUUUGUGGGGUUCAAUUUUAUAGUGUGAAGUAAUGUCACAAAGUUUUGAAACAUACUAUUCCUUCACUUGGUUUUUGGAGAAGGAGUGUUAAUGUGACAACACAAAAUUCAUAUAGGAAUCUUUCUUUCCGAAACUUGUUAAGUGCUUAUUAGACAAACUUCGAGUUGACAAAAUGUAUUAAACUAGUUGCUUCAAGUGGUUGAUCUUGAGGAAGCAGAAACUAUCAUCACUGUGGAAAUGGAAGGCUGGGGGUUCUCUGGCUUGUAAUGAAUAAUAAUCCCCUUUCUCCUACCCUUCUUUUCAUCCUUUGUGUCCUAUAAAACUACGAAAGCUGCUUCUACUAUUUCCCCCUAAUCACACAAACACAAACCCGUGAAGAAGUGAUCUUAGUUCUUUACUAAUAAUACUCUUCUAUAGAAGCUGCAGAGUGCAGAUACAAACCACAAUCCAAUUCCACGCUGCUGCUUUUGAAGUUCAACAUAUAUACAUGGCUUCCACCUCUUCUACUUCUAAAAGAUCUUGCAAGUAUCAUGUGUUCCUCAGUUUUAGGGGUGAAGACACUCGCGCUGGAUUCACUAGCCAUCUCUAUGCCGCACUCACAAGGAAGGGAAUCACUACCUUCAUUGAUGACACCAACCUUCGCAAAGGUGAUGUUAUUUCAGAUGAACUUCUCACAGCAAUUGAAGAGUCCAUGUUUGCAAUCAUUGUUAUCUCACCAAACUACGCUUCCUCCACUUGGUGCUUGGACGAGCUCCAAAAGAUCCUUGAAUGCAAGCAUAAGUUGGGGCAACACGUCGAAGCGGUGUUCUACGGUGUGGAGCCUUCUGAUGUCAGGCACCAGAAAGGAACCUUCGGAGAAGCUUUCAGGAAGCAUGAACACAGAUUUGGACAAGCAAGUGACAAGGUUAGAAGAUGGAGAGAUGCGUUAACACAAGUUGCCGGUUACUCUGGUUGGACCUCCAAAAAUCAGAAUGAGGCAACAUUGGUGGAAAACAUUUCUCAAAGUAUACAUAAAAAAUUAAUUCCAAACUUGCCAUCUUCCAUGAACAAGCUUGUAGGGAUUGAUUCAAGAGUGGAACAAGUGAUUAGUCACAUUGGUGUCGGGCUUACUGAUGUUCGUUAUAUAGGCAUAUGUGGGAUGGGCGGCAUAGGCAAGACAACUAUUGCUAGAAUAGUAUAUGAAGCCAUCAAAAGUGAAUUUGAAGUUUCUUAUUUUCAUGCCAAUGUAAGACAGACAUGUGAGAAAAAUGGUAUUGUUCAAGCACAAAAAGAGCUUGUUGGCCAUAUCAAUGGAAGUUCGAGUAAUUUUAAUAAUGAGUAUGAUGGGAGGAGAAUAAUUCAGGCUUCUUUGUGUCACAAAAAGGUUCUUCUUGUUCUUGAUGAUAUAAAUGAAGAAAAACAGUUGAAAAAUUUGGCCGAGAAGCAAAAUUGGUUUGGUUCUGGAAGCAGAAUAAUCAUCUCAACUAGAGACAUGCAUCUGCUAAAGAUACAUGAUGCACAUGAAAUAUACAAUGUUGAAGGGUUAGGGGAAAGUGAAGCCUUUAAUCUCUUUGGUUUGAAAGCUUUUAAACAACGAAAGCCUGCAGAAGAGUAUUUGGAUUUGUCCAAACAGGCGGUCCAAUAUUGUGCUGGUCUUCCAUUGGCACUUGAGGUGUUGGGUUCCCACCUCUGUGGUAGACCCGUUAAAGAUUGGCAUAGUGCUCUUGGAAAGUUAAAGAGCUUUCCACAUGUCGACAUUUUUGAUACAUUGAAAAUAAGUUAUGAUGGUUUAGAUACCAUGGACAAGGAUAUUUUUUUAGAUAUUGCUUAUUUUUUCAAAGGACGUUCCAAAGAUGGUGUAAUAAAAAUAUUAGAAAGGUGUGGUUAUCAUGUUGAAAUUGGCAUUGCUACUUUGAUCGAUAGAUCUCUACUCACUAUGAAUGAGAAAGGUAGGUUGGAGAUGCAUGAUUUGGUUGAAGAAAUGGGCAAACAUAUUGUAAUUCAGGAAUCUCCAAAUGAUCCUAGCAAGCGUAGCAGGUUGCGGGGUUACGAGGAUAUCAAUCUUGUUCUUACUCAAAACAAGGGAACUGAAGCAACUCGUAGUAUCGUUUUACGCGAUCAGGAUUUCUAUCAAGAACAAGACAUAAUGCGUUGGGGAGAUUUAACUUUUUCAGAUAUACGUCAGCUAAAGCUCCUCAUUUUAGAUGGUGUGGAAGCUCCAAUUCUUAGCUAUAUUCCUUCUUCAUUGAGAGUUUUGCGCUGGAGAGGUUGUCCAAUGGAAACUCUCCCCUUUACGGAUCAAGGCUAUGAGCUAGUUGAAAUUAAUCUGUCUGAUAGCUCCAGCAUUGUACAAGUAUGGCAUGGAAAAAAGUUUCUGGAAAAGCUGAAGUACUUAUAUCUGAAGUGCUUAUAUCAGCUGAAACAAAUUCCAGAUCUUUCUGAAGCUCCCAAUCUUGAAAUACUUAACGUUCAAUGUUGUGAUGAACUGAAUGAUUUUCCCUCGUAUCUCACACGCCACAAGAGCCUUGUUAAACUUAUUUUAUAUCGUUGCUCAAGUCUUGAAACUCUUGCGAGUAAAUUGGAGAUGAAUUCCCUCAAGGAACUAGAUCUUGGUUUCUGUACAAAUAUGAAGAAACCUCCAGAAUUCGGAGAAUGCAUGAAACAUUUAUCAGUUCUUUAUUUGUGGGGAACAGCCAUAGAAGAACUACCCACAACGGUUGGCUGUUUAGUUGGCCUAAAGGAUUUGCGCUUACAGCAUUGCCAAAGGCUUACUUGCCUUCCAGACAGCAUUCAAAAGUUAAAAUUCCUCACAUUUUUUAAUCUUUCUUACUGUCCAAAUGUCUUUCAAUCUUUGCAUUCUCUAUUUGGUCUGACCUCAUUGGAUACUCUGAUAUUAUCGGGGUGUUUUGUCACAUCUCAAGAGUCGGGGUCUUACAAUCUUGGCAACUUAGUGUCUUUGACGGAUUUGGAUUUAUCACAUAACAAUUUUCUAAGGGUUCCAAUAAAUAUCCAUGAGCUCCCCAGGCUUAGACAUUUGAAUCUAGACUACUCUCCUAGUCUGAAGGUCUUACCAGAACUUCCAUCAAGUAUAAGAGAACUAAAUGCACGAGAUUCUGCAUCACUGGAUACAUGGCAUUCGAAUGUGAUAUCAAAGGUGUGUUGUGGCUUUGCAGCAUCAGCUAACCAUGAUUCUGAUGGGCUCUUGCAGAUGUGGGUUGCACAGAAUGAAGGGGACGAAAUUCCAUUGUGGUUUGUCCAUCAAGAACAGGGUAAUGGAGUAUCAGUCACAUUGCCACAUAAUGAAACAAUGGCACUUGCUCUCUGUUUCAGAUUAUGCCCAAGGAGAAGUAGUCGUAAUUAUGUGGUAAAUUUGCCAGUGAUUUGCAAUGGCAAGGAAUUCAUUAAAAAGCAUUUAACUGUGUUGCGUGAAACUAAAAAUUCUCAGCAUUUCAUCCUUUGCUUGAGCAGUGACUAUUUUGUUGACCAAUUUUGCCAAGACUAUCGCUUUGAACUGGUAUUUCCUAGUAACGUUGAAAUGAAAGUACACAGUUCUGGGGCUCGGUGGGUGUACAAGCAAGACAUCCAGGAUUUGAAGAACAGUGGAACUGAAACAUCAAAAAGAAAAGCAACUUUUGAUCUGAACAUGAACAUCAGCCCACCUUCUUCUCCUUGUAGGAAAAAGUUGCUCAUGGUUACCCCUUCAUCUGUGUCUCCGGUGGAGGAGGAAGAGGAAGAGUAAGCUACCACUGCGGAGAAAGGGAUCUUUGUGUACCCUGUUCCCUUUGCAUUCCCAUAACACUUCUUCUUCUUAGUCCUUAUAGCUCUUGACAGAGGUUUUUCUAUAAACCUAUAUUACAUGUAUCAUUGCCAAGUCUAAAACUCCAGCUAUAUGGUUCUCCAAAUCUGAAGCUUUUGAAAAGAGCUCAUUGCAUGCAUCCAACAGUAAAAAAUAGAACAAGUGAAGGACUUGGAUAUAUUUGAAGCUGAUCAGAGUGGUUCUUUAGGGGGUGUCAUAAAUGCAAAGAGGAUCUUGUGUGCAUCAAAUCUGGCCAUUUUUUUGUAUGGAGAAUUUGUCUAUUGAAGCGGUUCUUUACGCCACUUUCAUGUUUGUCCUCAAAAUUCAGGUACUGAGUUCUCUCUUGGCUUUGGUUGAAGUUUGAGCAUGAAGAAAUGAUUCACCCAGAAGAGUAGUUGAGUUUAAAUGAUGUAGUUAUUGGAUUUUGUUUCUAAUUCUUUUCCUUUUAAUCUUUGGGAAAAAAUACAUGAGUUGUAUUUUGAACUUUUGAUAGAGGUGAGUUUGUGUUAUGUGGGUAUUUGUGUGCUAAAUUGUAUGUUUGUAAUUGUGGACAUAAGAAGUAUAAAAUUGAAAAAAGAUAAAAUGAAUUGGGUUGCCAUGUAGGAGCAUUUUUGUAAGAUGAGCAUUUGAAGGCUGUGUUUAUGUUCAUGUGAUGGAUUUUCGAGGUUCUUGGUUUUGAAUGUUUUUGGAAAAAUGUUUAAAUUGUGUU